GGCCGAUUUCCUACCGUCACGGCCAUCUGUGUGGUUUCGAUUCAGAGGUGAAUUGCACACACUAAAAUGACUCAACAAUCGGCACUAUCAACCAUGGAGCUGGAGCAGAGCUGCAGUACUAUAUCUAAAAAGAGCAUGAUCACCAAAAUCUUUAAAGUUCGCAAAAGGAGAGAAAUGCUGUUAGUGCAGGUGUGCUUCAUAUGCAGCGUCCUGUUCGUGGCGUGGAGCUUGUCAGCGUUGCUCACAAAAACAGGUCAUGGGCUGGUCCUUCAGGAGAGGUUUGACGCACCCAAAGAUCAUCUGGGCCGCAGACUUAUGGCCAUAGUAGGAGACAAUGAGACUGAGGAGAAGAACUGCACAGAGCCAGCCAUCCACGAGUUUCCCGAGGAUGUGUUCACCAACCGACAGCGUACACAAGGAGCUGUACUGCUACACAUAUUUGCGGCUCUAUAUAUGUUUCUAGCCCUCGCCAUUGUUUGUGAUGACUACUUUGUGACCUCUCUAGAGAAGAUCUGUGAGAAACUGCACCUGAGUGAAGAUGUAGCAGGAGCGACCUUCAUGGCAGCUGGAAGCUCCGCCCCCGAGCUGUUUGCUUCUAUAAUUGGUGUAUUUAUUACACAUGGAGAUGUGGGGGUGGGCACCAUUGUAGGCUCAGCCGUGUUCAACAUCCUGUGCAUCAUCGGUGUGUGUGGGAUAUUCGCCGGACAAGUUGUUUUUCUCACCAAGUUUUCCGUGUUCAGAGACUCCAUCUACUACAUUUUUUCUGUGGUCGCACUUAUUGCAUUUAUUUAUGAUGAGAAGAUUGUGUGGUGGGAGAGUCUGGUGCUGAUCAUCAUGUAUGUUGGCUACAUCAUCAUCAUGAAGUUUAACACUAGCCUGCAGAACUACUUUGCGGGGAAGGAGGAUAAGGGCGUAGCCAACGGUAACACGGUCAUCAGCGAGAUGGAAGAUGUAAAGCCUAGUAAAACAUACACUCGGGGGUCUGUGGUGAUGGUGGAUGAGAUGAUGAAUUCUAGUCCUCCGCACUAUCGCUUCCCUGAGGCUGGCCUGAGGGUCAUGAUCACCAACCACUUUGGACCCAAGACACGUCUGCGAAUGGCAAGCCGCCUCAUCAUCAACGAGCAACAGCGGCUGGUGAAGACGGCUAAUGGUGUUGAUGCAGUGCUGGUGGCAGAUAAGAAAGCUGACACUAUGGAAAAUGGCAUUGUAAUGGAGGAAAAGCUCACUGAGGAACCGGAGAAUGACAUGUCAUCUCCCUUCAGCCUGCCUGGGGGCUGUAUGGAUCGAGUCAAGCAUUUCAUCUCCUGGCCCAUUUUGGUUCUGCUAUACUUCACCAUGCCCAACUGUGCCAAGCCACGGUGGGAGCACCUCUUCAUGCUGUCCUUCUUCCUCUCCACACUGUGGAUAGCCAUCUUCUCCUACUUCAUGGUGUGGAUGGUCACAAUUGUUGGAUACACACUUGGAAUCCCAGAUGUUAUAAUGGGUAUCACUUUCCUGGCUGCUGGCACCAGUGUUCCUGAUUGCAUAGCAAGUCUCAUUGUUGCUCGGCAAGGCCUGGGGGACAUGGCUGUCUCCAACACGAUUGGCAGUAAUGUCUUUGAUAUCCUGGUUGGACUCGGCGUUCCCUGGGGCAUCCAGACAAUGGCUGUCAACUACGGCUCUGUGAUUCAGAUCAACAGUAAAGGAUUGGUUUACUCUGUGGUGCUGCUACUGGGAUCGGUGGCUUUAACUGUGUUGGGCAUCCACGUUAACAGGUGGAGGUUGGACUUUAAGCUGGGCAUGUAUGUGCUUGUGCUUUAUGCCAUCUUCCUGUGCUUUUCCAUCAUGAUCGAAUACAAUGUUUUCACUUUUGUCAACCUACCCAUGUGUCAAGAGGAUCUUUAAGGCCAGAGGAUUUCCACUGGCUUGGAACCAAAUUACCUCCAGUUUGGACCAACACCCACACAACACACCCAAGGUCACCAAUAUUUCAGUUUCCUGUUAAUUCAAUUGCUCAAAACUAUUAAAUCUCCCUAAUGAGUCGCUACCAUUCAACAAAACCACUUGCAUAUCCUCACCACUGUGGCUCAGAUGGGAGAGCGGUAUUUCGAAGAACUGUGGCAUCAAAAUUCUUUACAUCAGUUCCAGGAAAUGACAUUCUCCUCGGCAGCUCUCUUUAUAACGGAAUACUCUUCCUCUUCUAAACCUCGGACAAUCGCAUUGCAGCCCCCUAACGUCUUUACUGGAUUAUUCAGUACAGGGGAUUCACACGAUACAACCCACUUACAGUUGAAGUCAGAAGUUUACAUACACUUUAGCCAAAUACAUUUAAACUCAGUUUUUCACAAUUCCUGAAAUUUAAUCAUAGAAAACAUUCCCUGUCUUAGGUCAGUUAGGAUCACAACUUUAUUUUAAGAAAUGUCAGAAUAAUAGUAGAGAAAAUGAUUUAUUUCAGCUUUCAUUUCUUUCAUCACAUUCCCAGUGUGUCAGAAGUUUACAUACAUUUUGUUAGUAUUUGGUAGCUUUGCCUUAAAAUUGUUUAACUUGGGUCAAACGUUUUGGGUAGCCUUCCACAAGCUUCUCGCAAUAAGUUGCUGGAGUUUUGGCCCAUUCCUCCAGACAGAACUGGUGUAACUGAGUAAAGUUUGUAGGCCUCCUUGCUCACACAUGCUUUUUCAGUUCUGCCGACAAAUCGGAUUGAGGUCAGGGCUUUGUGAUGGCCACUCCAAUACCUUGACUUUGUUGUCCUUAAGCCAUUUUUCCACAACUUUGGAGGCAUGCUUGGGGCCAUUGUCCAUUUGGGAGACCCAUUUGCGAUGAGCUUUAACUUCCUGGCUGAUGUCUUGAGAUGUUUCUUCAAUAUAUCCACAUAAUUUUCUUUCCUCAUGAUGCUAUCUGUUUUGUGAAGUGGCCAGUCCCUCAUGAAGCAAAGCACCCCCACAACAUGAUGCUGCCACCCCCAUGCUUCCCAGUUGGGAUGGUGUUCUUCAGCUUGCAAGCCUCACCCUUUUUCCUCCAAACAUAACGAUCGUCAUUAUGGCCAAACAGUUUAAUUUUUGUUUCAUCAGACCAGAGGACAUUUCUCCAAAAAGUAAGAUCUUUGUCCCCAUGUGCACUUGCAAUCUGUGGUCUGGCUUUUUUAUGGCAGUUUUGGUUCAGUGGCUUCUUCCUUGCAGAGCAGCCUUUCAGGUUAUGUUGAUAUAGGACUCAUUUUUACUGUGGAUAUAGAUACUUGUCUACCUGUUUCCUCCAGCAUCUUCACAAGGUCCUUUGCUGUUGUUCUGGGAUUGAUUUGCACUUUUCGCCCCAAACUACAUUCAUCUUUAGGAGACUGAAUGCAUCUACUUCCUGAGCGGUAUGGUGGCUGCGUGGUCCCAUGGUGUAUAUACUUGCGUACUAUUGUUUGUACAGAUGAGCGUGGUACCUUUAGGCAUAUGGAAAUUGCUCCCAAGGAUGAACCAGACUUGUGGAGGCCCACAAAUUUCUUUCUGAGUUCUUGGCUGAUUUCUUUAGAUUUUCCCAUGAUGCCAAGCAAAGAAGCACUGAGUUUGAAGGUAUGCCUUAAAAUAAAUCCACAUGUACACCUCCAAUUCAGUACACCUCCUAUCAGAAGCUAAUUGACUAAUUGUCUAAAGGCUUGACAUCAUUUUCUGGAAUUUUCUAAGCUGCUUAAAGGCAUAGUUAACUUAGUGUAUGUAAACUUCUGACCCACUGGAAUUGUGAUAUAGUCAAUUAAAAGUGAAACAAUCUGUCUGUAAACAAUUGUUAGAAAAAUUACUUGUGUCAUGCACAAAGUAGAUGUCCUAAACGACUUGCCAAAACUAUAGUUUGCUAAUAUUAAAUCUGUGGAGUGGUUAAAAAAUGUUUUAAUGACUUCAACCUAAGUGUAUGUAAACCUCUGACUUCAACUGUACAUCACAAACUGAACAUAAAUGCCAGUGACAAAGAAUGCUGCUCAUUCACAUAUGCAUUCACAAUCUACAUUCUCUCAUUUCUGUCUUCCCUCACACUGUGACAUGAACAUAAACGUAAUGCACUUUAUAUAAAGCAUAUGACAUCUAUAUCAUACUAAUUUAUGUCCUCCAGUAUGGAAAAAUUAAAGUACAUCUUUGAUGUGGUGCAAUAAAAGAGGGUAAUGACAUUAAACAACUGCCCUCGAGCAAAAGAUUUCUUCAGCUUGUUACAUGCAAGAAAACUUUAACGUUGAAAAUGAGACGCUAUCAUCAUGUUACAGAAUAACAGAAGUGGAGCAUAUUCUAUAUAGAUCAUGCAACAGAGGACUAGAUAUUAUAUAAUUCUGAUGAGCUGGAUGAUAUGUAUGAUAUGAUGUAGCCAUCUGGAAGCUUCCAGCAGGUGCCAGUCGGAGAGGUCAUCAAGAGGGGACCAGCUUCUAACGCAGUUGAAUUGAAGCUGUCCAAUCAGACACAUUUUGGUGUCCCCUUUAUCAUUAAAUGCACCCUGCAUUAACUAGUGAACCUAACCGAUCAUGAAAGCACACAUCAAAAGCUGCUCCUCACCUCUUUCUCAGCUCAGAGCAGACAACCCUCAGGAAAGCGAUUUUAUUGCUUUUUUUGUGGUGUGGAAGACUUACAGCUGCGGCUGCUUUAAUAUUUCGCACACUACAUACUGACGAGAUCCCAAACGGGCAUCCUGGAUUUUUGCAAACAUGCUACAAAUCGAUGCAUCUGUUGUUUAUAUGUAAAUACGACAUCAAUGAUCCUGUUUAAACCAGUGCUUCCUUACAGAUGAUGGGAGGGGGGUGGAUUUACAUGUGUGACCCCCAAGCGGUUGCUUUUUCUUUAUUUACAAGGCACCCUAACCUCCCUCUCUCUGGACCUUUUAUUACUGUUUGCGUGUAAUGCAUGAUUUGACACAAAGAAGCCAUUUUUCAGAAGGGCAUAAGCUUUGUGAGCUCACUGUCAAUGUCCCUACAAGGGUGAAUCUCACGAAAACGUGUCCAGAUGACAUUAUACAUAAGAAAUUAUAUUUUGCUUAAAGAAAAUAAAGCUUGUUAAGGGCUAUUACAAUUUUCUGCAAUUUUACAUUAUUUAAAAGUAAUCCUAUUACAAUAAAAAUACUGUAAUUAAUUAUAUAUAUUAAUUACAGUAUUUUUAUUAUAUAUAUAUAUAUAUAUAUAUAUAUAUAUAUGCAUAAAUUAAAGGCAGUAAUGCAAAUACUACCACAAAUACUGCCAAAACUUUACAAUUGAAAUUAUAUAGAAUUAUUUGUUUUUUUUUUCUGCAUUACAGUCAUAAGAAUUCUGGUGGGGCUGCUUAAAGGGAUAAUUCACCCAAAAAUGUAAUUCUCAACCUUUACUCACCCUCAUGCCAUCCCAGAUGUUUAUGACUGACUUUCUCCUGCUGAACAUAAAUGAAGAUUUUUAGAAAAAUAUUUCAAC